CCGAAGCAAGCACUCCCUCAGUACUUUAAACAAACGUCUACAGUGGAGGUUCACACACCAAACCCAAGUUCACUGCCUCCACCUCCCCAUCAUGGGCCCACAGGCCUCCCGUGCCCACCAUGAUCUCCAUUCAGCAGCUGGUAGGCAGAUGGCUCUUCGUGGAGAACAAAGGCUUCACCGAGUCCAUGAAGGAACCAGGCGCGGGAAUGGGCGCCAUGGCCAAGCCAGACUGCGUCAUCACCUCUGAUGGCCAAAACCUCACGGGAAAAACUGAGAGCACGGUGAAGGUGACACAGUGCUCACGCAGCCUGAGAGACAAGUCUGAAGAAACUGCAGCCGAUGGCACAAUAGCUCAGGCCACCUGCAGCUUCGUAAACGGUGCAUUGGCCCGACAUCGGGAACGGGCCGGGAAGGAAAGCGCCAGAACCAGAAGACUGGAAGGCGGGAGUUAGUGGCGGAAUGUGUCAUGAACAAUGUCAGCUGUACUUGGGCCUGUGAAAAA